UUGAGGAUUCUGCGGCGUUCUACUCUUCCGCGUCCUGGCCAAUCAACGGCCGCGGGGGUGAGCGAGGCGGAAGUUGAAUGGUAGUGGCUGGCGAGAGCAUGGCGCAGAGAAGUGGGGCGAAGCGCCUGCGGGAGGGAGAAGGUACUAAAGUUGACUGGCAUAAAUGGAAGGAAGAAAGAAAGGAGGAGAAGAAGAAAUGGAAGGAAGCCAAGCUGUUGAGAAAGCUAGAGAAGAAGCGAAUGCAGGAGCUGGCGGAGACACAGAAGGAAGAGGCCAAGCCAAAGGAAGAUAAAGGGCGUCACUACACGGUCAGCGUAGCCCUCCCAGGCUCCAUUCUCAACAACGCCCAGUCGCCAGAGUUGCGGACGUAUCUCGCCGGUCAGAUCGCCAGGGCCUGCACCAUCUUCUGCGUGGAUGAAAUCGUCGUGUUUGAUGAGCAAGGAGAAGAGUCCAAGACAGUUGAAGGAGAGUUUGACGGAAUCAAGAAGAAAGGGCAGGCCUGCGUGCAGCUGGCCCGGAUCCUGCAGUACCUCGAAUGUCCCCAGUACUUGAGGAAAUCUUUCUUUCCAAAGCACCAAGACCUGCAGUUUGCAGGGCUCCUGAACCCCUUAGACAGUCCCCAACAUGUGCGGAUGGAUGAGGAAUCGGAAUACCGUGAAGGGGUGGUCUUAGCCCGGCCCACCAAGCCUGGCCGGGGCUCCUUUGUGAACUGCGGGAUGCGGAAGGAGGUACAGAUAGACAAGCAGCUGCAGCCUGGCCUUCGAGUCACAGUGCGGUUAGAAGAGCAGCAAAAUCCAGACAGCAAAACCCAGAAGGGCACUGUAGUCUCGGCACACCAUCCUCGCACGGUUUCUGGCCUCUAUUGGGGUUACAGCGUCCGCUUAGCGUCCUGUCUGAGUGCCGUGUUUGCUGAGUGCCCGUUUAAGGAAGGUUACGACCUCUCCAUUGGGACUUCUGAACGAGGGACCUCUGUGGACCAACUUGCCCUCCCCUCUUCUUUCAGCCACGCCCUGAUAGUUUUUGGAGGCUUGCAGGGCCUGGAAGCAGGGGUAGACACCGACCCGAACCUGGAGGUCACCGAUCCGAGCACCUUGUUUGACUUGUAUGUGAACACCUGCCCAGGACAGGGAAGCCGCACCAUCAGGACCGAGGAAGCGAUCCUCAUCUCCCUGUCAGCGCUGAGACCAAAGAUCAACGAAGCGGCGAAGAAAAGCAGCUGAACGGAACGGCUACUUUCCCCAUACGUCUCGAUUUCCUGCCGGAGAUCAGGAAAUGCACACAAGCUGUUGGAUAGUAGAAACAACUGAACUCCACUCUGCUUUCCAGCGGCCAGAGGGAAGAGGAGCUGCAUAAGAUCUGAGACUAAUUGAGGCUACUGUACCUGCUGACGGUGCUGCCUCUUGUUUUUUAGAAGGAGGACUCUCCGGUUUUAAACACCAGCUUGCUGCAGAGUUGGAGGAACGGCUUGCUUCACGCAAGGGAGUCCUGGGGCCGUGGGAAGCCCCAAGGCUUGCUGGGAAACCCUAUCGGACUCCAGAAGUGAGGGACCAACAUCUGUCUCUGCUCAAUUGGGGCUUAGGAGGUGAGGUGGUUGAACGACUUGUCCUUUGAAAUGCAAAGGAGGCCCUAAUGAAAUGCAGUACUGCCAAGCUUCUUAUAAAAUGGCCAGCUCUUUUUCUUCUUUUUUAAGAACAUGGGUGCCGCUUCUUAAA